AUGGAAGGAUCUAGCACUUCCAGCUUUGGAAUCGACACGAUUUUGUCUAAUCCCAGGUCCGGCAGCCCGGCGAUGAUGAACGGGGACUUUCGGACGGCCCACGGCGAGGCCAGGGCGGCGGAUUUCCUCACCCGGGCCACUCCGUCCCCUUGUUCGGAAAUCGACACGGUGGGCACGGCUCCCUCCUCGCCGAUCUCAGUCACCGCCGAGCACCCCGAGCAGCAGCAGCAGCAGCAGCAUUUGUCGCCUCAGCAUCACCACCUUCACCACGGCCAACAUGCAGAGCAGCAACAGCCCAAAAGUUUGCAGCCGUCGCAACAGCAGCAGCAACAGCAAUUGGGUUCGUGUAGCUCUGCCCCCAGGACUGCCACGUCUUCUUUUUUAAUUAAAGACAUUUUGGGAGAUAGCAAACCGCUGGCCGCCUGCGCCCCUUACAGCACCAGCGUCUCCUCUCCCCACCCGACGCCCAAACAAGAGAGCAACUCGGCCAACGAAAGUUUCAGGCCGAAGCUGGAGCAGGACGACAACAGCAGAACCAAGCUGGACAAACGCGACGAUGCCCAGAAUGAGCUGAAAUGCCACGGGGCAAAAGAAGAGGGGGACCGUGAGAUUUCCAGCAGCAGGGACAGCCCCCCGGUGAGGGCCAAGAAGCCUCGCAAGGCGCGGACUGCCUUCUCCGACCAUCAGCUCAACCAACUGGAGAGGAGCUUCGAGAGGCAGAAGUACCUCAGCGUCCAAGACCGCAUGGACUUGGCAGCCGCCCUCAAUCUGACCGACACCCAGGUCAAAACCUGGUAUCAAAACCGGAGGUAG